GAGAACGCGAGGGAUGCAGCAGCGAUGGAACCCGGCUUCCUUUUUCAAGAACCAGUGUGAGGGAAAGGAGCAGAGCCGCGUUAUUUUAGGGAGACCUUGUCGCACACCCCCUCCCGCGGGUAGGGAGCGUCUGGGAUGUGUGCGGGCCCCAUGGAGAGACGCUGGCGGUGGCUGCGGUGGCCGCUGGGGCUCCUACCGCGGCUGCAGCCGGCAGUAAUCCGACCCCGCGGGCGCGGGGAUUGAAGACGCGCAAGCGAGAGCCGCGAGCGGCGAGCGGCGAGCUGCGAACAAAAGCCCUCGGCGCGGGGCCCAAGCCCGGGACGUGCGGGACUCCACAAAAGGACAGGACUCAGCCAUGGUGGACCCGGUGCGGGAAGAGGAAAAGGAGGGAGCUGAGCCUGAAGGUUCGGAUGGGGACGCAGCCGCCGCACCUGGCCCCCCCGAGGCACAGGGGGCCCAGCAGCCCGCCGCCUCCUCGGCCUCAGCCUCGGCCUCGGCGGCGGCGCCCCGCAAAGCUGAAGUCCCGAGCGCAGCGGAAGAAGGCGGUCGGCGGGAGCAGUCUCCGCUGCUGCACCUGGACCUCUUCAACUUCGACUGUCCGGAGGCCGAGGGCAGCCGCUACGUGCUGACCAGUCCCCGCUCACUGGAGGCCUGCGCCCGCUGCGCAGUCAAGCCCGUGGAGCUGCUGCCACGGGCCCUGGCAGACCUGGUGCGCGAGGCCCCGGGCCGCUCCAUGCGAGUGGCCACCGGCCUUUACGAGGCCUACGAGGCGGAGCGGCGCGCCAAGCUGCAGCAGUGCCGGGCGGAGCGAGAGCGCAUUGUGCGCGAGGAGAAGCGGCGCCUCUUCACGCCCUUGGGGACUGCGGCCACCGCCGCCUCGGUCCCCGGCGCGGCCGGCAGCAGCAGCAGCUGCAGCAGCGCCAGCCUCCCGGGAUCGCCCGCGCCGCGCGCCACCCGCAAGGCCUCUUCCAGCCCAUCUUCCGCCCGGACGCAACCACCGCCCGCGGCUUCGCGGGCAGGUAGGAAGAGCCACUCGCUAGACUCGCUGUCCCGCCGGCGCGAGGGCGCCCUCAGUUCUGAGUCUGGCGCGUCGUCGUCCUCCUACAGCGGGGAGAGCCUGCGGGAGCUGCGUUGGCCUCCGCGGGCCUCGGCCAGGAACAGCUGUCCGGCGGGCUCCGCGUCCUCCGCACCCAACCCCCUGGGCCGUCCUUCUGCCCUGGCCUUGGUGCCGCUCACAGGCCGCAGCUUCAGCCUAGGUGACCUGAGCCACUCUCCGCAGACGGCUCAGCACGUGGAGCGCAUCGUGCGCCAAGUGCGCGCCGAGCGGGGCCUGCGCGGAGUGCCGGACCGCGACCGAAAGAUCGCGGCUCUGAUGCUGGCGCGCCACCAGGAGGAGCGGCUGCUGCUGGAGCAGCGCGCCGCGGCGCACGGCCAGUGGGAGCAGCAGCGCGUGCGGGCGGAGCAGCGACGGGAGCGCGAGGAGCGGGAGAAGCAGCGCGCGCUGGAGCAGGGCCGCCGGGCCUGGGCGGCGCAGGUGGAGGAGCGGCGUGGCCGUCGCGGGCGCGAGGAACGCGAGGAGGCGCGGCGGCGGCAGCGGGAGUGCGAGCGCAGCGAGGAGCGGUGGCGGGAGCUGACCGAACGCCAGGGCCUGCUGCGGCGGGAGCGGGUUGAGCGCGCGGCCCGGGAGGAUCGGCUGCGCAAGCUGCAGCAGGAGCAGAACCUGAAGCAGCGGGAAGAGGGCCUGCAGGAAGGGCGAGAGCGGGCCGAGUUGGUCCGCAGGGAGCGCGCCCAGCGCGCGGCCCGCACUAAGCAGCGGCAGGAGGGCCGGAUGCUGCGGGAGAAGCGGGAGCUAAGCCGGGCGGAGCGCGCGCGCCACGAGGCGCUGCUGCAAGGCCGGGCCCGGCAGGAGCGCGCGGAACGAGAGGGCUUGCGGAGUUCCCUAGAGGCCAGCUUGGGCCGCGCGCAGGAGAACUACGAGCAGCUGGUGGAACAGCGCGCGCGCGAGCUGCGGGAGCGGGCCCGGCGGGAGGAGCUGCAGGGCCGGCGGGCCAAGGAAGUGGCGGAGCGCAAAGGGCGCGAGCACCAGGCGCACCUGGAGGCGCUGGCCCGGGCCGGGGAGCGGCGGCUGCAGCACGCUACGCAGGCAGCCGAGGAAGCUGUGCAGCAGAAGGCAAGGCGCGUGGGCCAGAGCCGGUUGGAGAAGGAACGAGCCCAGCGCGCCAAUAAGGAGAAGGUGGAGAGGGACGAAGACUCCCGCCGGCGGGAGCUGCUGCAGGCCAUCGGGCGCAAGCUGGAGCGGAGCGAGCAGCUUUCUCGGGAGCGGCGGAGCGCACUGGAGACCGCCCGCUCCACGGCCCGGGCCUCUUUCCACGUGCGGGAGAAGGUACGCGAGGAGACCAACACGCGUUCCUUCGACCGCAUGGUGCGGGAAGCCCAGCUGCACGCCAGCCUGGACCGCAAAUGACCACCGCCCUGGGCUGGCCAGGCUGCCAGGCUCAGCCCUGAGGGGCCUCCCUUGGCGUUUAUGACCAGACUAGGGGAGUCUUCCGUUGCAGCUCAACGCCCUGGCCUCGCCAGGGUCUUGACCAGUGAGGCAACGAGAGGACAGAGAGACCUGCCAGCCCACCGCCUUUAAAAAAAAAAAAACGGACUUCAUUUGAAAAUGACAUAGCACAAUCAUUAACCACAUCCACCCUGGGUGGCUCCCGCAGCGGCCCUUGCCAUGCUUCCCAGUGUGUCUUUGGGCUUGGAAUAGAAAAAGAGCUGGGAGAGGAGGGCUGAGUGGGAAUGAGGCAAGGGAGGGCCUCUGUAGGAGAGGGUGUAGCGGUGGCCGUCCCCUUCUGCAGCAGUCAGCCUAGGCACCUUCCGCAUAUUGUUGUCUGGGGUGACAUUGGUGUCUGCAGCUGAGGUGGCCUGGCCUUGGCUCCCCUCCAUCUUUUUAAAUAAUGGCAAGUUGCACAAAGCUCAGAGGCCUCGCAGAAAAGCACAGCUCUUCCAAGGUGUUAGACCACACCAAGGGACGCCAAAAGUGAUUGGUUUUUGUAUGCUUGACUUUUAAUCUGCCACUUGAGCAAAUUCUGGUUUUAGUUAUGGUAGUUUUUUGGUUGAUUCCCCUAGGCCUUCUAGUUAGACAAUCAUCUGCAAAUAAUGAUCCAUUUGUGUCCCCCCCACACCCCUUAUUCUCCCCAGCCACACAAGAAAUCGGUUGGUUUGGUGAUGCUGUUUGGCUGUAGUGGAAGCCCCCAGCUCCUGGGGGUGAUGAGUUCCCUAGGCAGCAUCGUUCCCCCCUAUUCUGUUUUCUUGCAGGGUAGCUUCAGGGGAGGUCGUGUCUGAUGCCCACCUCCCAGUGUGGAGCCCACUUCUCAAAAGACAGCAGCCAUGCCUUAUGAGCAGAGCUACCUACCUUAUGUGCCUGCCCAGGCCGAUUCUGCCUCAGUUUCCAGCCCUGGGUGCAGUCCCGAGGGUGGGCCCAGCGAGCAUGGAGCUAGGUUCCCUUGGUGAAGGAACCAUCCAGCUGCCCUCAGGGUAAUCUGUGGUGGCUAGCCUUGCCGCUUUGCUGUGGAGAGUUGUGGCCGCUAUGGUUGGUAGUAUAGCUUGCCCUCCUCCCUCACACGAGGAAAAAGAGAAUGUUCCCCCUAAAGGUCCUGGUUCCCUCUCACCUUUGCUGAAAGUGUCAAAUCAUUCUUUCCGUGCCUCACCUUCCCCACUGGCCAGAUGGGGCUGUCAGUACUCUUCUCCUGGUACCUCAAGGUCUUCUGGAUCCAAAGCACCGCCUCAGUAUUAUUUGCUGGUCUCCCUUGUGCCUUUCUUGACCUGGAGUAGAGAGGCAGGAGGGCUGCCAUUGGCCUAGUUCUGGGAACAUGAAUUCCUGGGCAUUGGAAGGGGCAGUGCGUCACAACAGAUAAUCAUUUAGCUUCUGGGGGAAAAUAUUUGCAAGACCAGGCCAUCUCCUGGUCCAAAAAGUCCCACUCAGUUGUCUUCAGGCAACUUUAAUGUCUAGAGUGCUUCCUUCCCAUGAAGCUGAAAUUAGCCCCCAACCAUAUCCACCCGCUGACUCUGCCUUCAUCACAGAAAACAUUACAUUUUACAUUAAAUCAGGAUCAGGAAAUAAAAGUUACCAAAAAAUAAAAAUAAGAAAAGAAUCAGGGUAGAGAACUAGUAUAUUAGACAUGUUUCGUGUAUAUUCUGCUGGACAGAAUUUUCCCUGAAAUGUCUGGUAUUACACACACACACAUACACAUACUUCAUCCAUACCUCCUUCCCCGGUUGCAUGCCAGCAGGUGCAAAAGCAUUGUGUAGAAAGGAGCAAUAUUUCAGUGUUACACAGAAGCUGUGCCAAGGUUUAUUUCUUGAAUGGCUGAAUUUUCUCCUCUGAUUUUCUUCUUGUCGGUAACCAGAUUAUCAGUGAGCUAGCUGGAAUAAUUGGUAUUGUCUGUGAGUCAGGGGCAUUUAACUAAAAGGUUAAUUUGAUACUUACUGGUUCUUACCUUGUGGCUCCUGAUUUCCUAGAGAGCUUUUGAAACCUGAAUAGAAAAUUCCACCUCAAACUACUCUCUUCCAAAGUACGUGCAUUCAUUUGAGAAGGACACAAUCUGAUUUUCUGGAUAACGCACUGAAAGGUACACAGGUGAUCUUACCUUGCCCUCUGUUAAGUUUGUUUGCUGACUUACUGAGUGACUCUGGAUAGAUCACCUCUCUGUGCCUUGGUUUCCCCACCUGUGGAAAGGGUAUCGUGACUUCGGCCCUCCUCAGCACUGUGAAGAUGAAUCAGAAUCAAGUGGUUUCUCAGCCCUGUGACUUUAGAACUGCAGGUGGAAUGGCCAGACAGAAGGGAUCAUGUGACUGGACUAUGCCCAGAGAGUACAAUGUACUGUCGUGGUCUAGUGCAGAAAAGAAUGGUCUCAAAAAGCACAUUGCUGCUACCUGGAAUUUAAAUAAAGCUUAAAAAAAGAAAGCAAAUUGCAGAUCAUAGUGUCCCAUGUGAUGCAAAGGCCCAGGUCUGAAUCUGAAUGUCACCAAAUUAAAGGUUUGCACUUAAGAGAAGAGCACUGUGUAAAGGAAAAAAAAAAACUUGGAUUCCAAAAACAAAAACAAAAAACCCAAAAAACAAAAGAGAGAGAGAGAGAUCCACACAGCUAAGUAAAACUAAAACAAAAACAGAAGUCAAACAUAGUCAUCAUAAAGAAUGAUUCUUCUAAAUUUAAGACCAUCCUCUAGAAUAUAGACCCAUCUCUAUAUCCUAGGAUAAACGGUCAUGUUGCCCUUUGAGGAGGAAAAAUUUCCAGAAUCCUUUGUCGGGCCCUUCAUUUAUAUUCUCUUUGACAUGGUACCAGAGAGAAGUGGUUCUUACUCUGAACCAUAGCAAGGGACAGUUGGAGGGUUGGGGGGCAGUGGGGAUGGUGGGUGGAGAAAGGUGUACUUCUCCUAAUGUAAACAUUUUAACAAGUGCCCAGAACUGACCUCAGAGCACCAUGCUGGAAGUUUUCUCACCAUCCAGGAAAUUGCAGCCCCAAAGCGGUCUCAGACCUUCAUAUUUGCCUUCUUGGAGUGUCCCCUGGCUCCGAAAAGAGAAAACGUGAAAUGGAGUAAGAAGGGAAGGGUUGGAAGAAGCCUUUGUUUGGUUCAUUACCAAGGAAACAAUCAGGACAAAACUGUUUCAGGUGGAAACGUCAGUGAAGCUAGCCCAGCGCCCUGCUCAAGCAAUGACCAGUGCCUAUACCACCUCCGGACAGGAAGAUGGACAUUUCCCUCCAGAAGCACACAGGCUGAAUCUUUAAGGGAUUUGCCAAACGUGAAGAGUGGAUGGAGGAGUGAAGUCAUAUCAUAAUGCAGUUUGUGUUCAAGCUCCUCUGUAAAGGUCACCAGUUAUCAUUCUUCGCCUUUAAAAAGUCCCUUGAAACAGGGGUGCCUGACUUUGCAUCAGGGGCUGUAUAUUGUUUAGCGUCGAAUCCCCUCUAGCUCACAGUUUAGCAUCUCACAUACGGUAUACACAUAAAUACUAGAUGGAGAGAGGGAGGGAUAGAUGGUAGAUGGCUGGUGGACAACUGACUGGUGAUCUGAGGAAAUCUGUGAAGGAUAGAUUGGGUGGGCAAGCCUCUAUUCAUCUGACAAAUUUACUUUGAACCUCUGCUGUGUGCCAGGCACUGCUUUUGAUGCUGGGAAGACAAAGUCCCAUCCCUGACCCUGGGGACCAUUGAUGCUUCACGGUCAUGAGCAGACAUCUACCUGUAUGUCCUCAUUGGGCUUAACUACCUUCCCACCCUGGCAUCCAUCCACGGGCAGAUCUGGUGGUCCUUUAGGCAGUAACUUCAAGCUUUUUCAGUUUUCUGAGGACACACCAUCUGCCAACCAUGACACCAUCACUCAGUCCCUGUUGUUCUCUUUCCCUUGAUUAACAAGGAGCCUUGAUUAAUCAGGUCGAAUUCAUAAGGUCAUGUACUUAAUCAGUUUUAAAUUACAGUCAAGAGAGAGUGAGAAUAAUUACCUUCAAGGAUGUUAUUUGUCAUGACGUUAACAAAGGCAGCAUAAACAAUGAUCGUCAAAAAAAGAAAGGUAAUGAUCGGCAGAGAAUGAGCCUCGGGCCAUGCAGAGUCCCAGAUCACCAAAACAGGGUACCAGCCUCAUCAUUCGACUGUUGGUGCUGAGACCAGAAACUCAACAUUUCGGAAGCAUUUCCAGCUUCAAAGUUCCAACAAAAAGAGAUUGAGGAUCAAUACUAAACUGAUGAGAACUGUUAGUGAAGUAAAUAUUCUUCUUAAGACUUCCAAGUGAUCAAGGUUGCCUGCAGGUUGCUCUGUAGACUUGCCUUUUCUCCACCAUACGUCUGCCAUCUCCAGCCCGCACGUCCCCUAGAAACAUAUAGCAGAUGAACACAGGGAAACUUGGUGUUUCUUGACAGGGCCUGGAAAGCAGCUUUCGGGGACCCAGCAGAUAACUCUCCAUUCUAGAAAUGUGGUUUGGGCCCCAUAUGAGAUCCACAUUUGGCUUCGGUUGUCUGAUGCAACACCUGCUGUAUUCUGACCAAUCACAUGCUUUCAUUACCAGACUGUAUAGAAGAGCGCCUGGUCUGUUCACCUGUGUCUGCUGUUCCACGGAGCUCUGGUGCUCCCUCUGGGGGCACCUCUUCCCAGCCCCAGCCAUCCCUUCACAUGUCCCUUCAGACUGGGCCCUGGUGUUGCUUAGGCUUCCCAUAAGUCAGGCCUGGGACAGAAGGUGGGGUUAGUAGCCGAUGUUAGGACAUAGAGGGGAGGGUGGUUUCCUUUUGAGAAACAGUGAUGAUCAUUGUUUGCCCUGUUGUUCCUUCCUGAUUCAUCAAAUACUGUCGUGUCCCAUGUGAGUACAGACUUAGUCCAAAGUGAUUUUUAAAUUAGCUGCCAUUUUGAAGUGUUCAUGCCUUUCUUCCUCUCCACUAGUACAGUUUUGGUGGCAUGUUCUUCUGUCAGACACUUGCACAAUUCAUAGGACUGUCAGACAGUAGAUCCAUACCCACUCCUGUGUUUGAGUGUGUCUGUAUGCACACACACACACACACACACACACACACACACACACAUACCUACCAGUUCCAGCAUCCACGUUCCUUCAGAGGGAGGGAAAUGGUGGGCGUAUUCUUCCAGGGAAGGCUAAGCUCUGGAGAAACUGAGCUGCCCCUGGGUAGGGGUCCAUCAAUCCCACCUACCUUCAGCUUCAGAGCUGCUUCAGGCUCUGGCCUGUAAGCACAGUGUCCAUAUUUCCGGAGCCCAGCAACGAGCCACGCGGGUGAUCAAGCAUCUUCAUACUGCCACCAUACUUCUUUCCCUUACUCAGUGUGGCAGACUGGCUGGGAAAUGGAAUUCGGAUGCCAAAAUGUUGACAUUCAGAACAUGUCAGCAUGAUGGGAUGACUAAAAUCUACAAAGUUCUGAACAUCCAGUCCAUGUGGAUGCCAUAGCUUCAAGGCAAAGAGUUUGGCAAAGAAGCAAGUAUCUUGACUUAUUCAGACUCUUACCUACUGUUCCAUGGGCCCCUCUUGUCAUCUGUAAAAGGAGGACAACAGAUCCUACAUGGUAGGCAGCUGUUAAAUGAGUUAAUGCUUGGAAAGCAGCUCAGUCCCUGGGAAAUAACACUCAAUUCAUGGAUAUUGUUAUUCUGAACUUGGGUAGAAAGGGAAGGAAUGAGGUAGGUCGAGCACCAGCCAGGUGGUCCCACUGGACACCAGGCUCUGAUGGUAGCCCUUUGCGCUUGUCUGUAUCAGUUGCUGUGUGGCAAUCCCCCAACCAAUCUGAAGGAAGGGGCUCUGGAGUAACGGUUUCCCUAGUGAUGUGCUGUAGGCUAGGUUUGGGGGAGGGAGGGAUUACCUUGUUUACCAAAUGUUUGGCAAUAAAAUUGACAUCUGGUGAUAAUUCUCAAAAUUUUAUUUUAAGACUUCCUAAAUGAUGGCUAAGAUGACCGAAUGUUUUUAAAUGGGUACGCCUUUCUUGGGGAAAAGGACAUUUCAGCCAUGGUACCAAAUUCCACAGUAGUAUCUUUAGCAGAACCACGUAGAAGAGGAGGUGGGAGGUGCGCCGGCGCUGCG